ACUUACUCCCCUAGCCGCCGGCCGGGAAGAGGGAAAGAACGGGAAAAAGCUUUGGGCAAAUUAAACACUAAACACCCCCUUAAGCCAAAACGUAACGCUUUUAAUUAUUUCAUAAUAAAACCAUAACAACUGGAACAGUGUAUAAAGAUAAGAAGAUGUCAGAGAAAACAUGGCAAGGGAAUGUGGGUCUUAAUUAUUGCUCUUCUCUACUACACCGUUCACCCCAUAAAGCCCUGGCCUUUACACCUUUCUUCCUCUUCUUUAAAUACACACAGUUCACUCCCCUCUUCUUCCUCACUGCCGCAUAACCAGUUGCAGGCUUUCAGCAGUAGUUCCCCUCUUCGGAUUCCCCUGUAACCCCUUUUGACCAAAGAAACAAAGAAGAAGGCCAAACUCCCCCAAAAACAUGGCCAUUUCUUCAUCCCGUUCCACUCUCCUUGUGAUCCUUCUUCUCCUCACAACCUUCGCAGCUUUUCUCCUUCCCAGCUCCCAUGGCGCCCACAAUCACCGCGGCCGCCCUCGCACUGCCAGCCACAACUACAGAGAUGCCCUCACCAAAUCCAUCCUGUUUUUUGAAGGGCAGAGGUCCGGGAAGCUCCCUCCUAACCAGAGAAUGUCGUGGAGGAGAGACUCUGGCCUCACGGACGGUUCUGCCAUGAAUGUGGAUCUGGUUGGAGGGUACUACGACGCAGGGGACAAUGUGAAGUUCGGCUUCCCAAUGGCGUUCACGGCCACAAUGCUUUCAUGGAGCGUGCUCGAAUUCGGCGGAUUGAUGAAAGGCGAGCUGCAGAACGCCAGAGAAGCCAUUCGCUGGGGCACUGAUUACCUCCUCAAAGCCACAUCUCAUCCGGACACCAUCUUUGUCCAGGUCGGAGAUGCCAAAAAGGACCACGCUUGCUGGGAGCGGCCGGAGGACAUGGACACUCCGAGGAGCGUGUACAAGGUCGACAAGAACUCCCCUGGCUCCGACGUCGCCGGAGAAACCGCGGCCGCUCUCGCCGCGGCUUCUCUGGUUUUCAGGAGAUCCGACCCUAAUUAUUCCAAGGUCCUGCUCAAGAGGGCAAUCAGGGUGUUCCAAUUUGCUGACAAGUACAGAGGACCUUACAGCAAUGGGCUCAAAAGCGUCGUCUGCCCUUUCUACUGCUCGUACUCUGGCUACCAGGACGAGCUUCUGUGGGGAGCAGCAUGGUUACACAGGGCAACCAAGAACCCAACCUACCUGAACUACAUCCAGGUAAACGGCCAGAUUCUCGGCGCGGCAGAGUUCGACAACACAUUUGGCUGGGACAACAAGCACGUCGGAGCCCGAAUCUUGCUCUCCAAGGCUUUCCUCGUCCAGAGAGUUCAGUCCCUCCAUGACUACAAGGGCCACGCGGAUAACUUUAUCUGCUCCCUCAUUCCCGGCGCGCCUUCCUCUUCCACUCAGAGUACACUCCAGGUUUAACCACCCCCAUUGCCCUGCCUCAAUUUCGGUCUCAAUCCUUACCAAUGUGAUUUAGCGCAAUAGAUGAUACGGUCCAACAUAUACAAAUUAAAUGUCUAACGGUUUAGCAGUAUUCGGACUAAGUGAUUUGUUCGUUCGUUGACGCAGGUGGGCUGCUAUUCAAAAUGAGCGACGACAACAUGCAAUAUGUGACCUCCACUUCCUUCCUGCUCCUGGCCUACGCCAAGUACCUCACCUCGGCCCGCAAAUUCGUCAACUGCGGCGGAACGAUCGUCACCCCGAAGAGGCUCCGAUCGCUCGCCAAGAAGCAGGUGGACUACAUCCUGGGAGACAACCCGCUGCGGAUGUCGUACAUGGUCGGGUAUGGGCCGAGGUACCCGCAGAGGAUCCACCACAGGGGUUCAUCCCUGCCGUCGAAGGCGGCCCAUCCGGCGAAGAUCGAGUGCUCCGCGGGAUUUGGCAUCAUGAACUCCGGUUCGCCGAACCCGAACGUUUUAGUGGGCGCCGUCGUCGGAGGACCGGACAGCCGCGACCGGUUCCCGGACCAGAGGUCCGAUUACGAGCAGUCGGAGCCGUCGACUUACAUGAACGCGCCGCUCGUGGGGUCGCUGGCUUACCUGGCUCACUCAUUCGGCCAGCUCUAAAGCUCUGAUUGAUGGCCGACAAUGGCGGCAGGAAGAAAGAAAAAAAAGCUGCUGCAGGGGAUGAUGGAUGGAGCAAAAGGAAGAGCACCGGAUUGGCGGGCUCCGGUGUUCUCGUUUGCCAAUCAUGGAGGAGGGAGAAGUGUCGUUGUUCUGUAGUUUAAUUUUUUCCUGUUUGAGUGGCCCCCCGAUUUCCGUAUAAGAUAUGGAUUGGAGGGGAUCGUGUUCUUCUUCCUUCUGAUUUUCAUGUUUUACUUGCCGUCUAGGUUAUGGAAAAUGUAAUGUGUGUAUUUAAUCGCAUGCUGGGUGGUAGCUUGGCAAUCAAAAUUCAGCAGCGAGCUUAUCCAAUGUUCUGUUCUUACAAAGAGUCGUCGCCAUCAAAUGUGGUCACAGGGUUCAAAGACCAUCAUAACUAUCUUAAGCAUAAAAGUGCUAGAGAGUUCAUCUAUCUAAGCAUAAGACGGGCAUUGCGCUCUCGACUAAUGGCUAGCUCAUCGUCUAGGAGUUGGAAGCAAAAAUAACAAUUUGUAUAACAUGGUG